AAAGAGUGAGUGGAUUGAGGCUGGAAAUGGCAAGACAAGCCAAUCACCAGACAGAGUCGUGGCCCUGCCUCCUCCAGAUGCAAUCCAAUCAGUCAGUCGUGAGUAGGAGGAGCCGUGGUUGCAGGGGGAAAUCGAUCUGCCUGCACACUGAGCUGAAAUUGUGAAGUUUUUUGAAUACAUUGGUCUUUCUGAACCAGUUUUUAGGUAGCUCAACAGGUCUGUCGGUAUUCAGCUGAGGAGCACUAUGUCUUGUGCAAGCCCUAAUUCACUCUUUGGUAUGGGAAACCCUUUACUGGAUAUCUGUGCUGUAGUGGACAAAGACUUCUUGGACAAGUACUCUCUGAAACCCAAUGACCAGAUCCUGGCAGAGGACAAACACAAAGCACUAUUUGAGGAGCUGGUGAAGAAGUUCAAAGUUGAGUACCAUGCUGGAGGAGCCACACAGAACUCUAUAAAGAUUGCUCAGUGGAUGAUCCAGGAGCCCCAUAAUGUCGGCACAUUCUUUGGCUGCAUUGGCAUGGACAAGUUUGGAGAGAUCCUGAAGCAGAAAGCCAAGGAGGCCCACAUCGAUGCCCACUACUACGAGCAAGACGAAGAGCCCACAGGGACAUGUGCUGCUUGCGUCACUGGAGAUAACAGGUCUCUGGUGGCUAACCUAGCUGCUGCUAACUGUUAUAAGAAGGACAAACAUCUAGACCUAGAAGAAAACUGGACGCUGGUGGAAAAAGCUAACGUCUACUAUAUUGCUGGUUUCUUCCUGACUGUCUCUCUGGAGUCCAUCCUGAAAGUGGCGAAGCACGCGUCUGAAAAUAACAAGCUGUUUUGCCUGAACCUCUCUGCACCCUUCAUCUGCCAGUUCUUCAAGGAUAACCUCAUGCAGGUUAUGCCCUACGUCGAUGUGCUGUUCGGCAAUGAGACAGAGGCAGCUGCAUUCGCUAAAGAGCAAGACUUCGAGACCAAGGACAUUAAGGAAAUUGCCAAGAAAGCCCAAGCUUUGCCCAAAGUCAACACAAAGAGGCAGAGGAUUGUGGUCUUGACCCAGGGAAAGGAUGACACCACUAUGGCUUCAAGUGAUAAGGUUGAGACAUUCCCCGUACUGAAGAUUGACCCCAAGGACAUUGUUGACACAACUGGUGCAGGUGAUGCCUUUGUAGGAGGUUUCCUGUCUGAGCUUGUUCAGGAGAAGCCACUGGAUCGGUGCGUGAAGGCCGCACACUACGCCGCCAAUGUCAUCAUCAGACGAGCAGGAUGUACCUUCCCAGAAAAACCUGAUUUCAACUGAGGAUUCCCAUUUCCUUCAGCCUGGACCCUCAAACUCACCGUGCCAUAUGCAACUCUGAUUGCGUAUGAUAAUUGUGGGUAGUAUGUGUGAUUUCCACACAUACUACCCACAAUUGUUAUAGCUCAGUUUUGUUUUUUUUCUCCAAUCAGCCAUCCGUCCAUGUGAUCGACCCAUAAUUUCCAUCCAAUAUUUAGGGGUGCCUCAUGACUUGUGCCUGUCUGUAUUCUCCACUUGGGGCCACUAGAGGAUCAUGUAGCCAAGAGCCAAGGAAAGAUUGUUUCUAUAUAAAUGACCAUAAAGAAAUCCUGACAUCAAUGUGGAUGUGAUAAUUUUGCUUCCUCUAAAGGAUCUAAAUGGGAAAUUUUUGUGGACAGUUGUUUUUUUUCUAAAUGUAUUUUGGCUCUGACUCUGGCAGAGUCCAGUAGCACUGGCGCCCAUCAGACCCGUGUUGACAGUUUCUUCCCCCUGGAGACAAAGUCAAAGCACAAGAGGUUAAAUCCACACUGGAGGACACAUUUUACACAAACGGGACUAAAGAAUAAAACAUCACUCUGAAGGGAGGUUUUGGAUACUGCAUUGAAAUGUGCAGUAGUGAUAUGUUUUAAAACUUAUGAAUUUUGACUUUAGCUUUAACAGGCCAGUUAUGAAAAACCAGAUGUUUUUCUUUUUUUUAAAUCUGUUCAAGUCACUGCCCACUAAGUCCUGUGGUCCUGUCAAAUGUUAACUUUACUGUGUUUAUUCAAAAUUUACUGUGAACAUUGUGGAAAUUUGCCUUUUUCCUUAUGUUUUUAGGGGAAGGUGCCUCAGUUGCCUUUUCCUUAGUUUCUCUAUAAAUAUUAAAGUUUGCAGAGGCCUACAGGUGUUAUUUGAACCUGCAUUUAUCUGUGAAGGGAAACUUGCAAGCUUGAGCAAUGAUGGAAAACUGGUGGCGUGUGGGGGGAGAAAACUGACCCGCCAUCUCUAAAAUGCACCGAAGGUAGCUGGUGUUGUUGGAAAGUUAUUAUUUUGAACGUUCUCUGUCAGAGGGAUGCAGGGGGCAUUUACACUGAUUUUUUUUUCCUGUGUUUUACUAAAUCACAUCUAAAAGGAUAUGACACAUAUUGAGAAAACUGUUGGAACUGUUGAGUUUGGGGGUAGUGGGAGGGGGGGGGGGGUUAAUUCAGAUUCAAGACUUCAGAGGGAGGGUGCAAUAGUUUCGUCUUCAUGCCAUCUCUGUUUACCUCAGUUUGUGUUAUUUUGUGGUCUGUACAAUACUGAAUAUACUUGAAUGCAACUGAAUAUAGACAAAAGGUUCAUGACAACAGACAAAAAGUAUAUAGAGUUUUGCUGAAUACUAUGAGAGAUGUUUUGAAACUUCUGGUGCAUAUUGUCCCUCCCUUAAGUACACCAAAAAGCCUUAUGUGACAUUUUAUUGUGGGUCUCAAUAGGUACUAAUACACUCAAGUUGCCCCUCUCUGUGGAACACUGAAAUUCAUAAAUAAAACUCCCAACACCGACA